AUGAAGCAACCACCGGGGUAUGAAGACCCGUCCACACCAGGACAUGUUUGUCAUUUACAGCGGUCUUUGUAUGGUCUCAAACAGGCUCCUCGUGCCUGGUUUAAGCGGCUUCACGACUUUCUGUUGACAGCAGGGUUUAAGUCGUCGAAGACGGAUGUGUCCUUGUUCUAUUACACUUCAGGCAUCGCUCGUGUAUAUCUUCUAGUCUAUGUCGAUGAUAUAAUUAUGAUGGGAAACGACGGUUCACCAGGUUUCUUCUUGGGUAUCGAGGCCGUGUCCUCUACUAGUGGCAUGUUUUUGUCGCAGCGACGCUAUAUGACUGAUCUAUUGGGCCGUUCAGGUAUGGCCGACUGCAAACAUCUUACUACGCCAGCAGCUGUCACAAAGGCCACUGUACCUUCCGCUCAGCUCUAUGAUAAUUCGACUCAGUAUCGGCGCAUUGUAGGGGCUUUGCAGUACUUAACCUUUACGAGGCCGGAUUUGAGUUAUGCAGUCAACCGUCUUUGUGACUGGGCUGGUUGUCCUGUAGAUAGGAAAAGCACGAGUGGAUUUGCCGUCUACUUAGGUGACAAUUUAAUCUCCUGGCUCUCGAAGAAGCAGCGCACUGUGGCUAGGUCCUCCACUGAGGCUGAGUACAAGGCCUUAGCUGAUGUCUCCGCUGAGGUUACUUGGGUCGUUUCGUUACUACGAGAGCUUGGGUUACACUCUGGGAAACCUGCAACGCUCUGGUGUGAUAAUCUAAGGGCUACGUAUCUGUGUGCCAAUCCGGUUUUCCAUGCACGUACAAAACAUUGGAGAUAG